CACUCCGCGUCCCCAUCCUUUCCUCAGGUGAUAAAGAGUGGAGAGAGAGAGAGAGAGAGAGGAGCUAGCAGCAUAGCACUACUAAGGGGUAGGUCAAGAAGAAGAAGGUCGAGCAGAUGGCGGAGCAACAGCAGAAGGAACACCAGCCGACGUCGCACAGGGUGGUGAAGGGGGUGACGGCGGCGACUAUUGGUGGAUCGCUGCUGCUGCUGUCGGGGCUGAUGAUGGCGGGGACGGUGAUCGGGGUGACGGUGGUGACACCGCUGCUGGUCAUCUUCAGCCCGGUGCUGGUGCCGGCGGUCGUCACCGUGUUCCUCCUGGUGACCGGCUUCGUCACCUCCGGCGGGUUAGGGGUGGCGGCGAUCUCGGUGCUGUCCUGGUUGUACAAGUACCUCACCGGCAAGCGCCUACCGGGGUCCGAGCAGCUGGAACAAGCACGGGCGCAGCUCGCUUCCAAGGCCCGCGACAUCAAGGACCACGCUCAGCGCCGCACCGAGCAGGCCCAAUCCUCCUAGAUAAAUGGCUUCUUGGGACCGUCUGUCUUAUUCUUCAUCUAUAUUCUAGUAGUAUUUCCAUGUUUUAUCCUGCGUCUUCUUGGUCAUCUUUUAUUUGCAGCUGUUUUUCCUGGUAGAGAGUGUUGUCUUAGUUGCUUUAGUUUGCUCUCCUACUGCCGAGAUUGUUGAAUGAAUAGAUUGCGGUUACUGUUUGUGCGAUCUUACUGUGGGACUGUAAAUGCAGUAUGUUAUGGGAUAGAGAUUUGAUUUUUAUGUUGCA